AUGGUUGCCACCAUGAAGGAGCUGCUAAAAAUGCAGUUCGUGAACAAGGAUCAGUUCGAGCAGGUGAUCAAGUACUACAGCCUGGAUGACCCUCUGAAGCUAGCCGACCUUGCUGCUGGCAUGUCCAGUGCGCCUCGACAAGAUCUGCAGGAUGUGUUGAUGUGCGAGGACGCCACGGAAAGACUGCGGAAGGUAUUGCUGAUCUUGAAAAAGGAUCUGGAGAGCACUCGGUUGCAGAGCCAGUUUCGGACACAGAUUGAGGAUAAGUUUGCAAAGGAGAACAAGAAGUUCAUUCUCAUGCAGCAGCUUCGAUACAUCAAGCGCGAAUUAAACCUGGAACGAGAUGACAAGCAGUCCAUCAUUGCUGCAUUCAAGGAAUGUAUCAAGGGCUUUGGUGACAAGAUCCCUGAGGAGGCAGCGAAGGUGAUGGACCAGGAGCUAAGCAAGCUGGGGACCCUUGAGCCGCAGUCGGCUGAGUUCAAUGUCUGCCGGACUUACCUCGAGUGGCUCACUGCUCUCCCAUGGGGCAAGUUCAGCGAGGACAACACUGACAUCGAGAAGGCCGAGAAGAUACUGAACGAGGACCACUACAGCCUGGAGGACGUCAAAGAGCGCAUCCUUGAGCAUAUGGCCGUGAGCUUUCUGAAAGGCUCGGUGCAUGGAAAAAUCAUGUGCUUGGUUGGGCCGCCCGGUGUGGGCAAGACGUCCAUUGGCAAAAGCAUUGCACGCGCUUUGGACAGGCAAUUCUUCCGUUUCUCGGUCGGUGGCUUGCAUGAUGUGUCCGAAAUUCGCGGGCAUCGGCGAACCUAUGUGGGUGCCAUGCCGGGCAAAAUCAUACAAGCUCUGAAGAUAAAGCAAGUCUCCAAUCCAGUUAUACUGGUGGAUGAAGUGGACAAGCUUGGCCGCGACUUCCGUGGCGAUCCGUCAUCCGCUUUGCUCGAGGUUCUUGAUCCCGAGCAGAACUCUGCAUUUCGGGACUUGUACCUGGACGUGCCCAUAGACCUUUCAAAGGUACUCUUCAUUUGCACCGCAAAUGUGACAGACACCAUUCCAGGACCUCUUCUGGACCGAAUGGAGGUGAUCAGAUUGGCUGGCUAUGUCUAUGAAGAGAAGCUGGCGAUAGCCAACCAAUAUUUGAUCCCUCAGACCAUUGCAACCAAUGGGGUGCCUGAGGACCUUCUUGAGCUGCAACCUGAGGCUCUCGCGGAGCUGAUCCGCGACUAUGCGCGAGAAGCAGGUGUGCGCGAACUGCGCAAACUGCUAGAAAAGAUCACUCGGAAAGUGGCUUUGAGCCUUGUCCGCGUGGAGCAAGAAGCGCGUGAGCGCUCAACCAUCUCCACAGAAAACCUGCGGAAAUUCGUGGGUCAGCCGCCGCAUUCUUCGGAGCGGCUCUUUCAGGAGGCCCCUAGCGGUGUGGCUAUGGGCUUAGCCUGGACAGCGUUGGGUGGCCAGACGCUUUUCGUCGAGGCACGAGGCCGCGUCCCUGCUAGUAGUGAAAGCAUGGCAGAUGCCACGCUGUCUCUGGAUGCCACGGCUUCGGCUGAUGGCACUAGCGAUGUGCCUUCUUCGAGCUCGAAGAGCUCCCCGCGGCCGCGGAAUGCGGGACCGCGCAUGAAAGUGACCGGAAAGCUGGGAAAGGUGAUGGGCGAGUCCAGCGAAAUCGCGCUCACCUAUGCUCGGAUCUUCCUGCGUGAGCUGGAGCCAAAGAACGAGUUCCUAGAUCACGCACACAUCCAUUUGAACAUGCCAGAGGGUGCCACUCCAAAGGAUGGACCAUCUGCUGGAGUCACGAUGACAUCAGCUUUGCUUAGCAUGGCUUUGGAUCGGCCAGUCAAGCGGGAUAUGGCCAUGACCGGCGAGGUCACAUUGACAGGCAAAGUUCUGCGUGUCGGCGGCAUCAAAGAGAAGACGCUGGCUGCCAGAAGAGAGAAUGUUGACAAGCUUGUCCUACCCAUGUCCAACCAGGCAGACUAUCUAGAGCUGAAGCCGUACCUGCGCGCAGGUCUGACGGCGCACUUUGUCGACCACUACGACGAUGUGUAUCGUCUAGCUUUUGAGGACACGGGGGCGCCGAUGCCAUCCGGCUCCCGCGGAAGCGACGUAGUGACUGUGGUCACUCCCUUGGAGGAGGGGCAGCUACCGAUUUUCAUGACCGGGGCAAGCGGCGAAUCUGCAACCACUGGUGCACAAGUGCAAUGA